GAUGUCGAUGUAGGCGCGAGAACUGAGAAUUGAAGUCAGCAACAACCUGAUGAUGACUCGGUAACAACGUUCCAAAAGGGACUGCUAUUCCAUUUUGAUCUCUUACACCCGGAUGUUCACGAUGAUUGUUCGGUGCUUAGCCGAUCCUUCUGACGCUGUACCGCGUUCUCCGUUUCCAUCCUUUUGUCCCACCAAGUAACAACAAACGACCAUGCCAUUCCACGACCUCAACAUCACCUACACGCCAUCCCAGCCGACACCGGAGAUCAAUCAGACGCUUUUGUUCGCAUCCGAACUGGGAUACAGAACGAUCGCUCUGAACCUGACGCUGUCCGGGAAAUUGCCUCCGUCUCCCCCCCCGAUCCCCGUUUCGACCCUCGACGUUCCACCAACGCUCAAGAUCCUCACGCGCCUCACGGUGACGAUAUCCGACGCCUCUCAGAACCACCGUCUGUCGGCAUACUCCCCGGCCUACGACAUCCUCGCCCUGCGCCCGACGAACGAAAAGAACCUCCAACUCUGCUGCGGCAGCCUGGAGUGUGACCUCAUAUCCCUCGACUUCUCACAACGCCUGCAGUUCCCGUUGAGGUUCAAGACCGUCUCGUCGGCGCUGCAGCGCGGCCUGCGCUUCGAGGUCUGUUACUCUCCGGGGGUAUCCUCCUCCGGGUCGUCCCCCGACGCGCGCCGGAACCUGAUCGGAGGCGCGACCGCCCUCAUCCGCGCGACGAGAGGGCGGGGCAUCGUGUUCAGCAGCGAGGCGCGAAGCGCCCUCGGCCUCAGGGGCCCACAUGACGUGAUCAACCUCGCCUCCUUGUGGGGAUUGGGCCAGGAAAGGGGGAAAGAAGCACUGUGUGAAGAGGCCGACAAAGUGGUCAGGCUGGCAGGUAUAAAAAGGUCGAGCUUCCGCGUCGUGGUCGAUGUCAUUGACGGAGGAGGUGGCCCUGUUGCCGUCGCGGAACCCACCAAAUCCCAGCCACGCAGACCACCUGCUCCCGGACAAACACAACCACAAACGGAAAAAGGUGUCGUAAAGGGUCAAGACGACAGACGAGGGAAACAAAAGGCAACGACAGACGAGGUUCGGAUGCAAAAAGGCACCACCGCCACCACCGACGAGAGCAUCGUGUCCAACGGUCUCAAGCGUAAAGCAUCGACGACCACUCCCCAAAAUCAACCGGGAGGUGACCAGCAGCCGGCAUCAUUGUCGAAUCGUGAAAAGAAAAGACGUGCAAGGAAACAAGCCAGAAUGGAAAGUUGAGGCAGGGUCCGACGGCACCCCGUUCCACAAAAUAAUAUGGAUCGGCAGCAUUCAGAGCACGACUGCUGCUACUGCGCCCUCUGGAACCUCUAUCGGACAAGAAGCACCGGCCGACAACGAAGCGUGAGUAGGUAGCCAAGUGGUCUGAGAAAAUGGGGUGAUGCGAACAUGUGGUGUGGAAGUAAAAAUAUAAAACAAAUAUGCACCCGGAGAGAAGAAAACACAAGGCCAGUCUCAGUUUCUAAAAAAAGUACUGUAAGGUUUUGUUCUCUGGACCAUUCCUUUUUCCCCACAUGAAUACAAGCUGUUU